AUGACGUCUUCCCCCAACUGUGAUAAGGCGGUCCGCUGGGCUGCUAUCGAAUGCAUCCUUGGACGCAAGGGACCGAUGCAGCGUAGUGAGUUCGAACCAUCCACUGAGCUCGUCCAAAUGAUUGCACGGGAUGUGCGUGUACUCGUGGUUGGCGCCGGUGGGUUGGGUUGUGAACUGCUCAAGUCCCUGUCUUUGAUGGGCUUUGGAAACCUGGAUGUAAUUGACAUGGACACCAUUGACAUCUCCAAUCUCAAUCGUCAGUUCCUCUUCUCAGUGCGUGAUAUCGGUCGCCCUAAAGCUGAAGUGGCGGCUGAGUUUAUCAUGAAAAGGGUGGAGACCUGUACCGUCACCCCACAUUUCAAGAAGUUGGAAGAUUUUGACGAGUCCUUCUAUCGCCAAUUUGAUAUCGUCGUAUGUGGUCUUGACUCCGUCAUUGCCAGACGGUGGAUCAAUAGCAUGCUGGCGAGUCUAGUCCGCUAUAACGAAGAUGGAACUCCGGAUCCCUACAGCAUAAUCCCCCUAGUCGAUGGUGGUACAGAAGGCUUCAAGGGCCACAUUAUUGUCGUGCUUUUUGGGAUUACGGGUUGUGUUGAAUGCAGCCUAGACUUGUAUCCACCCCAAGUUAACUACCCCCUCUGUACCAUAGCUCACACUCCACGAUUGCCCGAACAUUGUGUAGAAUACGUUCGUCUAAUCUUGUGGCCUGAAGAGAAACCAUUCGGUGCGGAUGUCGCAAUUGACGCCGACAUCCCCGAACACCUCAAUUGGGUGUACGAACGGUGCCUGGAGAGGGCUAAACAGUUCGGCAUCGAGGGCGUCACUCUGCGGUUGGUAAAGGGCGUAAUCAAGAGGAUUAUUCCUGCCGUGGCCUCCACAAACGCGGUCAUCGCGGCUGCUCUAGCAACGGAGGUAUUGAACCCUCUGCUGUAUCCCUACUUUUUUUUAAAUUCUCCGCUUCGUUUAAGUUCAUCGUGUAGGAACUACAUGUUUUUUUUGCUUCACGUAUCAAAAUAA